CGGAUGCAGUUGCUGCAGCGCUGUAGUCAUGUGACGUUAAUUCCUCGUUUGGCGAAGCUUUGGAAAGUUAUACAAGGUGGUUCGAGGUGAACCGUCCUCUAAUAUCAAAACAGUGUUCAUCUUGCGUGUACUAGUUUAACAGAAUGAAAGCUGGAGAUUGUAACUGAUUCAUCUGGCGUAGAGCCUCGAAACUCAACUGGACAUGGGUUGCUGUUACAGCAGUGAGACCGAGGCUACCGAGCAGGAUGAUUGGUCGAAGCCUCUUAUCCAUCCAAACACAGACAGCAGAACAAUCAACAGCAUGGAGCGGAACUCCCACGGACCUCCGGCCUGCCCGACCGAUGAGCAGGCCCUCCUGUCCUCCAUCCUGACAAAGACAGCACUGAACAUAAUUGAUGUCUCGGCGUCAGACUCCCAGGGCAUGGAGCAACAUGAGUACAUGGAUAAAACACGACAGUACAGUACAAGGCUGGCAGUAGUGGGUGAUGGGUUGUCCCAGAAAAAACCUGCAGCUCUCCCGUCCCUCACCAGUCAGCCGCACAAAGUCCUCGCAAGUGACCUUGUUUCACAUCUGGACCUGCAGCAGGUUUCAAAGAUAGCGGCCUAUGCACACAGUGCCAUUUCCCAGAUAAAGGUGGAUGCAAAAGAAGAUUUGGUUGUGCAGUUUGCCAUCCCCUGAGAGUGCUCUGUAGUUCUCUCUUCUCUUGCUGUCUCUCACAUGGUUCUCCCCACACCCUGUCUUUCAAAACGGUAAAUAAUAAUGAACAUCCCUCCCCGGACAGCAGAGCCAAACCAAACUCAACUGAAGUGAAGCACCGAUAAAGCCAAGAAAAUGCGCAGAAAUUCUUUUUAAUUUGUUAUGUUACGAACAUAAUUGCCAGAGAUAGAGAGAGAGAGUUAUGUGUGUAGAGGGUCUUUCUCAUUUUCUCAAACCCUGUCCAGCAGUAAGAGAGGGGCAAGGCUGCAGUGAGAUAAUAUUCUACACGUGAAUAAACCAUCAGAUACAGUGGCCGCAGUGUGACGGGAAAGUCACUCAACCCAGCUUCAAGGCUGGCUUAUUACAUUGGCCGUCCACAAAGCCAGCUUGGACAGGGUGAGACUGUACCUCAGGGCAAGGGUAUACACAUCUACAAAUCAAUUUAUACAGCCCAUUAUGUACCGAAGCAGCUCAUUCUAAGUGCAUUUAGUGCAGGGCAUAGCAUCGAGGCCUCCCCGGGAACCUGCAACCUUGUAUGAGCCCUGCUCGUUAACCAUGAAUUUACUUAAAGGCUAGGUACUGUAUACCGACUCUUGAGUCAGUGGACGCGAUGCGUUCUUGAAGCUCCAACCUUUGUCCCAACUGAGUGGUGUGAGAUGAAGAACAUGUCUUAACAUGGCAAAAGGAAAACUCGUAGAAGCCCAGCCCAGUGUCUUGCUAGAACUCUAGAUUCAAAGAGGACAUUCAACGGGGUCAGCAAAUAUUUAAGCCUCAAUGUUACCUUAUGACUGAAUACUCACAUUUUAACUAAUGUUAAAACAUUGUAACUAAAUUAUUUUAGCUACCGUUUUUAUUUUUAUGUGUAAAGUAUUUAUGCUCGUUUUUUCUGUUGUUUCAAGGAUGCUGCCAUUGCUUAAGCAAGCACUUUUGUGGAGUACAAAAAUACUACAAAGGGGGAAAAGGGAAAACAUACAGCAGAUAAAAAGCCUAACCAUACAUUUUAUUUUCUUGUAUGUUCAGUUUGCUUGUAUGAAUAUCAAGUUGAGUUACGAUGUUCACUUCAAGAACUAUUACUAAAGUGUGUUUAUUUAAUACUAUUCCAGUGCAAUGGCAUUAUAUGUUAUUCAUUUUAUGAAUGAAUGUUUUGUCUUUUAAUGUGUGUUGGGGGAGGGAUGUGAAACGGCCUUGAGUAUCAUUGGGGAGUCGGAGACUUCAUGAGGUCCAUAAUGAGUAGAGCUACAAUAUGCUGUCAGUUCAGCUUGUAUGAAACAAUCACAAUAAUCUCUCCUUUCCAAAUGAGUAAUAAGAACAAUUUUGUGUUUAAUAAAUAAUCAGUCUUUUCAGUAUAGCUUUUAUCCAAUUAUA